AUGGCCCCCGCGAUAGUUGUCGACAAGGCCGGCGCUGCCACGCCUCCCUCUGCAGAGGAUGUCGCCGCCUUUGUCAGCAGCAUCCUCACCGCAAAGACGUCGCACGCCUCGGUAGAUGCUGCCUACGCCCUCACAACCCUCCUACAAAACUCGGUGGGCUUCCGUGGCCUACAAGGCUAUGGCAUCUUCGACGAGAUCAAGAAGGCGGCUACCAACAAGAAGGAUGCCGUGCGGAGAGAGGGCGCCAUGAAUGCCCUGGGCGCCUUCUUUGAGCGUCUUCCGCGCUCGCAAAAGAUUACAGAGGCCAUCUUCCUAGUCCAGGAGGAGGCGCUUGUCCCGCUGGUGCUUGAUGCGCUCGCCGACAAGACGGGCUCCGUCAAGGAGUCGGCCAAGUAUGCCCUCGACGCCCUAUUCGAAAAUUUGACGGCCGAGGCCAAGGUCUAUGGCCUGCUGCCUGUGCUCUCCAAGUACUUGGGCAAGAAGUCCGGGAAGUGGCAGGGUGCUGUCGGCGCAUACGAGCUGAUCGGCCGUAUGGCGGACAAGGCCAAGAUGGGCAUGGAGAGUUUCGAGGUGGAGAAGGAGAAGGACAUCCUGCGCAAUGCCAUGGGCAAGCGGCUCGAGGGUCUCAUUCCCAUUGUCGAGGCCGGCAUGCACGAUCUCAAAUCUGAGGUCGCAAAACAAGCGAACAAGACCAUGAACAGUCUGACCACCCUUCUCCAGAACGACGAUAUCGCGCCCCGGAUACCUCUGCUCGUCAAGGCCAUCGAGGACCCCUCUACCCAGAGUUUGCAAAAAGCGAUUCACGCCCUCUCCCAGACCACCUUUGUCGCAAUCGUCACAUCUCCUGUCCUUGCCAUGGUCACUCCUCUCCUCGAGCGUUCGUUGAACACGCCUACAACCUCACAGGAAGUCACCCGCCAGACCGUUGUCGUCGUGGAGAACUUGACCAAGUUGGUCCACGACCCUAUCGAGGCCCGCGCCUUCUUGCCCAAACUCCGGCCUGGUGUCAAGGCUGUUGUCGAUCGUGCUUCUCUCCCCGAGGUCCGCGAAAUCGGACAGCGUGCGUUGGACGUUAUUGAUAAGGCUAUGGAGGUCAAGGAUGGCAGCGCUGAUGCCAGUGCUAUUGCUCGCAACCAGCCUUCCGAUGUGGCCAAGACCAUCGAGACGCAGCUCAAUAACCACGCGAGACUCCUCAACUACCUUGGAGACGCCGAGGUUUGGGCUGUGGCCAAGGCUUACAUAUCCGAGAUGAUUGCUGAGGAUCUGGACCAACGUGAGCUCACCCGCGUCACCCAGCUCAUCACCCCUUACAUGGAGUCGCUGGUCAAUGCCGGAGAUGCCGAGAAGGUCGCUGAGGCUGUCCACCAAUUCUAUGUGGACGAGGACCACCGCAAGUUCGGCCAGCCUGUGAAAGAGGACGACGGCGAGGUUGAGAUUGUCAAUGCUGUCUUCUCUCUUGGAUACGGAGGUAUGCUUCUGUUGUCCCACACCAACCUCAGACUUCUCAAGGGACAUCGUUAUGGUCUCUGUGGUCGCAACGGUGCUGGAAAGUCUACUCUGAUGCGCAGUAUCGCCGAGGGAAAGCUCGAGGGCUUCCCAUCUCAGGAUGAAGUCAAGACAUGCUUCGUUGAGCACAACCAGGGUGAGGACGCCAAUCUCACCAUUUUGGAAUACAUUCUCCGCGACCCCAGAUUCAAAGGAGAAAGCCGAGAGCGUAUCACUGAGGUUCUGGAAGAGGUUGGCUUCACAUCCGGUCCUAAUGGCCGACAAUCUGAGAAGGUUGGCUCGCUCUCGGGUGGAUGGAAGAUGAAGUUGGCGCUGGCCCGUGCUAUGCUCAUGCGUGCUGAUGUCUUGCUUCUCGACGAACCGACCAAUCACUUGGACGUCGCCAACGUCGCAUGGCUGGGCAAGUACCUUAGGGAACACACCGAGAUCACCAGCUUGAUCGUCUCUCACGACUCCGGUUUCCUUGAUGAUGUCUGCACAGACAUCUACCACUACGAGCAGAAGAAAUUGGUCUGCUACAAGGGUAACCUUGCCGACUUCGUCAAGGUCAAGCCGGAAGCCAAGAGCUACUAUACGCUUUCCGCAUCCCAGGUUCAAUUCAAGUUCCCCCCUCCGGGCAUCCUGACCGGUGUCAAGUCAAACACCCGCUCCAUUCUUCGCAUGACCAACUGCACGUACUCAUAUCCCGGUGCCUCGAAGCCCUCGCUGGUCGAUGCCUCCUGCAACUUGUCUCUCUCAUCUCGUGUUGCUAUUAUCGGUGCCAAUGGUGCUGGUAAGUCUACACUUAUCAAGAUGCUCACGGGCGAGACUAUCCCCCAGGAAGGUACUGUCGAGAAGCACCCCAACUUGCGUAUCGGAUAUAUCAAGCAGCAUGCUCUUGAGCAUGUUGAGAUGCACAUGGAGAAGACUCCCAACCAGUACCUCCAAUGGCGUUAUGCCAACGGUGACGAUCGCGAGGUGCUUAUGAAACAGACCCGUAUUCUUACCGAGGAAGACAAGAAGCAGAUGGAGACACCCAUCGACCUUGGUGACGGCAAGGGACCUCGCAGAAUUGAGGCGUUGAUUGGUCGUGCGAAGUACAAGAAGACCUACCAGUACGAGGUCAAGUGGCUCCACAUGCUGCCCAAGUUCAACAGUCAGAUUUCGCGUGAGACGCUUCUUGAGAAGGGUUUCCAGAAGUUGGUCCAGGAGUUCGACGAUCACGAGGCGUCCCGCGAGGGUCUCGGGUACCGCGUGCUGGAACCCAAGGUCAUCUCCAAGCACUUCGAAGACUUGGGCAUGGACCCUGAAAUCGCCAACCACAAUGAGAUCUCAGGUCUCUCUGGAGGCCAAAAGGUCAAGGUUGUGCUUGCCGGUGCCAUGUGGAACAACCCCCAUCUCCUCGUUCUCGACGAGCCCACUAACUUCUUGGAUCGUGAUUCCCUCGGUGGUCUCGCUGUCGCCAUUCGCGACUACAAGGGUGGUGUCAUUAUGAUUUCCCACAACGAAGAGUUUGUCGGUGCUCUCUGCCCUGAACAAUGGCACGUCGCGGACGGCCGUGUCACGCACAAGGGCCAUCUUGCUGUGAACAUGGAUCGUUUCGAGGACUCGCGUCCCGGCUCCAGCAAUGUGAGCAGCAACGUGAGCUCUGCCGCGCCCAGUACAACCGGUACACCUGUUAUGAGCGAUGCGGAAGGCACAAGAGACGAUAUGAAGUUCAAGUCGAGAAAGAAGAAGAAGAUGACCAAGAAGGAGCUCAAGGACCGCGAAGUCCGUAGGAGAUUGAGAUAUAUUGAUUGGUUGAACAGUCCCAAGGGCACACCGCAACCCCCCAACACUGAUGACGAGGCUGAAUAG